AUGAAACUCACACGAAGACAGUCUUCCUUCACCAAGAGCUCCUCCUGGUGUCUGAGGGUGGAAGCAAAUCAAGCUCCUGAUCACCAGCCGGGUCCGCAGGUUCCGCCAGAGAGCCAGCUCCAGUGUGCCACCGUUGUUACUACUACUUGUAUGAUUUGUAGUAGGGCUUUUUGGCCUGGCUUGUGCUUCGCCGCUCUAAUGUAUUGGUUUUCGGCUUCCCCGAACGCCCAUCAUUUCAUUCGGAAGAUCGGGCAGGUCUCUAGGCAUGCUUCGAUAUCAACCCCUUCCGUUGAGGUUCUCGCCCCGCCAGGUGGCAGCCCCAAGUCAAACGAGUUAUUCAGGAUCCAAAUCUCAAGCCAUGCUGAAUCUCUCUCCUCUGUAUGGAAUACUCCUCUUAAAACCACAGGGCUAGGUUGGUGGAUGAUCCUUGCAUUUGCAGACAAACAGACAGAAAUUGCAGUUCUGCAGGACAAGUACAUAUAUGACAACAUCAUCUCGUCUAUGACCAUUGUGCAAUGGACAAUAGAGCAAUGUUUACUGCAGUGA